AUGCGGCUCUCCAUCUUCGGCCUGUUGGGCUGUGCUCUUGCGGAGGUCAAGCCUCUGGGAAACAAAGCAAGUACCACGCCGAGCACGAGCACACCUCCGACAAAUAAGAGGGCGGAGACAUCGACUACCUCCACCAGUGUUGAUCUUCUCCGAGGCGCGAAAGAUCUUUCUAUGAAAGUAGAGGCGUACCCAAUCGGAGCGCAAUGGUCGGGUAUUGUCACAGCUUCCACGAAGAUGACGUUCGAACCUUUCCUGGGGGAGGUCGUCAUUACCACGACGAGUGCGUUUCCUAAUGAGGGUGAAGGUGAUGUGAAGACUGGAGGAAAUCGAAUUGACUGCGAAGGUGAAAUGUGCACCGAGACCGUCUCAGUCACGUCUAAUACUACGGCUUUCAAAGUCGGUUCGGCUGUGAUGGUGGCCAGUGGGCCCACCGCUGCAGUAGAAACCAGCUUCGCUUCCACCAUCACGGCCUAUGAUAACAUUACGACUGAGAUCAUGCCGCUGACUGCUACCGCACAAUCAAAGAGAACGGUAAUAACUGCAUCCGAGACUGGGCUACACGGUCUGUCUUCCGCUGCAAGCAGGAAGAGAUCUGUGGCCUUCCCUACAUUCACUCAACCGAUAUUGGAUCCAGGUUUGCAGAAGCAGCUCGUGGCUUCCAUCACGGUGCCGAGAACCAUUACGAUUGUACAUGUGACAGUUCUAGCCACAAUCACCAAUCAAGCUAUGCAAGACCAAGGACCAAACACUUAUCCCACUACUGUGGUUGCCGACAUCUAUGAUGGUACAACACUUACUUCUACCAUUCCCACGGGUGCGACGACCACUACUUGGGUACCUGUAAGCUCAGAUACGACAUUGGCAGUCACACUCGACAAGGCCACCAUUAUCACUGUCCUUACGCCGCCUACAGCCUCGGAAAACCUUGUCGAAAGAGACAUGCCUCAAGCAACAGCACUCCCGCCUGUAUUCAGGAUAUCAGCGGUCGAACCAGCCGUUCGCUCGCUUAAGCACAAGCCUCGAGAUGACCACACAUCAUCGACAGAUUCAAGUGUGGUAGCCGCGCCGAUAAUCACUAGGCUUUCUUCGCCGACCUUGCCAGUGCCAACGAACGCAGCUGAAUCGCAAAUCGAAGAGAAUAUUCGAGAGAUGCUGGAUACAUCGCCAGGUCACUGUCACCCUUCAAACUGUCGUCGUGAUGCGACUUCGACCCCUGAGGUCGUACCCAGAACAGCAAUCAUUUCUGGCAUGUAUGGUUUCCUUUCAACAAAUUCGAGGAGCAUGGUCGAGAGAGAGACGCCAAGAGCGACAGCACUCCCUGCAUUGCCGAAUGCAAACAAGCGCCGGGAUGACGCUGCCUCUCUUGCAUCUACUUCGCGCGAAAUCAAUGAUGCGGUCUCAGCGUUGUUGAACACCGAUCCCGCAGGCUUCUCUCACCCUGGAGAUGACCGUCGCGACGCUAGCCCGAGUGUAAAUGUCGUCCCUAGAACAACUUCGACCCCCGGCCCAGAUGGCCUUCCUACAGUGGUCUACAACAGUUUAAGCAAUCUGAUUCACAUGAGCGCACGCUCUGAUAACGGCGAGGCUGCUAUCAAUAUCAUUCCUAGCAUCACCAAAUUAGUUUCUACCACUCUCACGACGAUGGUUCGCGAGCGGCAGAUGUUCAAGUCUGCAACAGUAGCUGCUCGCGAAGCCGGCGAUGCCGAGGACGACAACAGUUCGUCAAGUGCUCCAACCAAGAAGAAUCCUACUGUCACAAAGAUUUCUACAGGAUUCCAGGGCGACGAUACCAAGUCCACUACGACUCAGGACACUGGAGAUCCAGACGCUACAGCGUCCGGAGUACCCACCUCAACGCCACCCCGCCGUACAUCGGAAGAGACAGGCUCCAACGAUUCCCUGGACGCCAAGGAGACAGACAACCCGCUCACGGAAUCGACAGUCGAACCAUUGAGUGGCGCGCUUAAAGGAGUCACUAGUCCAACAGGAGAUGCUACCGACAAGGGAGUCAAAGUUGCAGUCGAAGCCGUUACAGCCGCAUGCUCGGAGGCAGGCGAAAACGGGCAGACUGUUAAGGUCGGAAGUGCUGAAGCAGCCGUGUGCGCUGUGGCGGAACUCGUGGCACAAGCGAAUGGUGAAAGUGGUACAACGAAUCCUGAUCACCUACAGCAGAAGGACCAGAAAUCGGCUUCCGAGACAGAUGGCGAGGGUGAUGACGAGGGUGGCGAGGACGAGGGUGAGAAGCCAAAGGGUCAUGAUGCUACACAAAACCCCGGCCAGGAUCCUAUCACCGACAAUCGAGCACGGUGCUGCAAUCAUUUCUUGACCACUCGGCAUGAUCUUGGACUAAGAUUCGAUUAA